AUGAAAAAUAGUAAUGAGAGAUCUAAAUGCCAACUACCUCGUUUAAAAGAUUAUUCAAAAGAAAAAGCUUAGAAAUUAAAAUCCUUCUUUAGAUCCAAUCGUAGCAUUUCAGACAAUAAAAUUGCUGAAAGUAAAUUCAAAGAUUAAAAACUAUUAAUUGAUAAUUAAUAUUCAAAUGAUCACAGUCUUAUGGCUUAUUAUAUAAAGAGUGGUGAUAAAUUAACAGAAAUGAGAUAAAUUCUGACAAAUACUUCAGUUUAAUCUGAUUAAGGAGCAAACAAAAAGAAGAAUUUCCCUUUGGGAUUAUUAAAGCAUAGAUUUUCUCCUAUUGAAUAAGCCAAAAAAGAAACUUAAGAAUUAAAUGAAGAUAUAUAAAAAGAAAUAAUUGAGACAGAAUAAUAAUGGAUAAAAAGAGAAAAUAGUAUAGAGUAUGAAGAUGAUGAAGAUAUAAUAAGUAAUGUAAGUAGUGAAGAUGAACCUAAAAGAUUCAAUGGAGUUGAAUUAUAAUAAGAGAUUAAAAAAAUCUAAUAAAAGUUAAGUAAUAUCGAUAUAUAUAUAAUUUAGAUCAUGAAAUAGAUUAAUCUUAUUUUUAUUUUAUUAAACGAUAAGAUAGAUUAAAAGAUCUAGCAAUUAAUUUUAAUAAAAAGAAUGUGGAUCCAAUUCAUUUUUAUUGUUUAAAUGAUAAUAUAUUUCCAAAGAGAAUAGAUUUAUCAAAUUCUUUAGUAAAUGAUAAAGAAAUGCAUUUUUCUGAUCUUGGUCUAACCGAAAAGUAUUUUCCAUUGAUUAAAAAUUUAUUAUAAUCUGUUAAAAGUAAGAGUGUUAAACAAUUAUUUUUAUGUAAUAAUUAAUUGGAUGAUAAAUCAUUACUUUAUUUAAUUGAAGGAUUUCCACUUUCAUUAAAAGAAAUUAAUUUAGGUAAUAAUGUUCUUGGAAGAAGAGGUGCUAUAAUAUUAUCUAAUUAAAUAUAAAAAUUUACAAAUUUGAAAUCAUUAAGUCUAUAAAACAAUUUAUUAGCAGAUAAAGGUGUAUCUGUACUUUUAAAUUGUUUUUAAAAAAACAUAACAUUAUUAAAAUUGAAUUUAUCAGAAAAUUAAAUAACAGAUUCAUGUUCUACAACAUUCUAUUAAUUUUUAUUAUAAAAUAAUUACUUAGAAAUUUUGGUUUUAAAUUGGAAUUAAUUAGGACCUACAGCAGGAACUAUGAUAGCAAAAGGAUUAUAAUAAAAUAGAUCAAUUAAAGUUCUUGAUUUGAGUUAUAAUCAUUUAGGAUAGAAUGAAAGAAGUAAUUUCAUAUAAUCUUUAUGUGAAACAAUCUCUCAUCCUUAAAUUACAUUAGCUCAUUUAGAUAUCUCUUAUAAUUAAUUAAGUGAGAAAUAACUAAAGUUAUUUAGUGUAGCAUUAUAAAAGAAUAAUACAUUAUAUGGUUUACAUAUUGAAGGAAAUAAAUGUUCAGCAAGAGUGAAUCCAUAUGGAUUUAUAUAAUUCACUAAUGAUAGUGAAGAAUUUAAAGUAGUUUAAUAAAAGAAAACUGCCAUAGACGGUGUAAAUUAUAUUCCAUUGUAAGGAGAUAAUCUAUUUGGAAAUGAUUGUUGUUGGAUUUGUCAAGGAUGGAUGGAAUAUAGAUUUUAAUACAAUCCUGAGAAUGAUAAUAAUUAAGAUCCAAUUUUCAUUCAUCUAGAUUUCUUAGAGUAAUUUCUGUCACAACUAUUAGUUAUUAACCAAUCCCUAUGACAAGUAGUUAUGAGUUAAGAUAAUAGUUGAUUGAAGCUUAACAAAGAAAGAGUAAUUAUUUUGAUUUGACAACUGGAGAGAUAAUUCAUUAAUUAAAAUAAUUAGUAAAUACUGAAAAGAGAAUAACAUUGGCAGCCAUUACUGAAGCUUAUGCAGAAGAAACAAAUAAGAAAAGUGAAGAAAUUACUAAAUAAAUGAUUCAAGAAUUAAGUAAAUUUUACUAUACUACAUAUUAAAUGUGUCCUCCAAAAAGAAAGAUUUUAUAUUUCUUUUCCAAUCCUAUUAAGGAAGAAUAUUUUAUUGAUCCUAGAGUAAUGAAUAUGCCUGCACCACUUGAUAAUGCUAUUUUAUAAGGUAAAGAUCCUAAACAUGCUGUUCAUAUCUUUUCAGAUGGUACUAAAUUAGCAUUUACUAAAAUACAUUAAGUUAAUUAUAUAUUUUCAAGACAAGAAUAUAUUAUAGAUGAUAAAGAUAAUUAUAAACCAUUAAUAAAAGUGUUUCCUAGAUCUUCCUAAAAGAAGUAUGUAUUGAGAAGAUUUGCCAACUUUUUAGUUAGAAAAUAAGCUCAUCUUAUAAAAUGGCAUAAGGAAGAUUCUAUAUUUAGACCAUUUAUUGGUGAUACAGAAGAAUUAUUAACUGAAUGUUUUGAAUUUGAUUGGAAUAGUAGUAAAAUAAGUCGUUUUGUUAAAAGUGAAUAUGAGAAAUUAAAAUUAAAAGAAUAUUUCAGAUAACAUUAUUAACUAAUCAAAGAUGUCUAUAAAUAUUAUUCAAGUGUUGGAUAUUAACCACCUAAUUUUGAUGUUUUUUGUAUUCAAUUCCCUUAAUAUUUGAAAUUAUUAAAUAAACUUGCUAUAAUAGAUGGAGAUCUAAUAAAAUCAUAAGAUGUUGAAAUUGACAUUGUUUCUUUAAAAAAUAAUGUUGAUCCUAAAUAUAUUUAUAAUCCAGAAAAGGCUAUAAUAAGAUAUCAAUUCUUAGAAAUGUUCUUUCGUAUUGCUAAUGAUAAAUAUGUUAGAACAGAUAUCCAUAAAAGUUAUGCAGAUGCAUUAUUUAGAUUACUUAAAGAAUUCAAAGAAUAAUAUGAACAUUUUGAUUUAAUUUAAGAAUGGAGAUCUUGUAGAUUAUGGACUAAAGAAUGUGAUCAUUUAUUGUAAAUUAAAAUGCCUUUUAUUAAAAAGCUUUAUGAUUAAGUUACUGAUAUUACUAAUAGAAAAUGGUAUUUUAAAUUAAAAUGGAUAUCUAUUAGAGAAUUUAAAGAAUUUUGUAAACAAUUUAAUCUUCAUGAAUAUUUAUCUGAAAAACUUUAAGUUAUUAUUUACAAUUUUUCAAUGAUGACCUAAAUAGAUGAACUUGCUUUAGAUAGAAAUAUAAGAAUGACUUUUAUUGAAUUUGUCGAGGCACUUGGAAGAAUUGCUGAAAGAAUCAGUCCUGCUCCUAUUCAAGAACCAGCAGAUUCAUAUACUAUAUUGUAAAGAUAAUAAUUGCCAUUACAUGUAAAAUUGGAAACUUUGCUUACUUAUUUGUAUUAUUAAAUGAAAUCUAAAGAUUUUGAAUAUGAACAAUUUUGCGAUUUAUUUGUCUAUUAUAAAUCUGAAUAGUCUCCCAAAAGUAGUUUUCCUAAAAUAGAUAAAACAAAAAAAUUAGACAAAGAUCAUGAUUAUCAUAAUGAUUUAACAUCGCUUACAAUUUAUAAUGCUGUCUCGUAUUUAAGUAUUUUUUAGAUUAUUAAUUUAAGAUUAGAAUAAAUAACCAUAUUUAAAUCCAAAGUAUUAACAAUUCUUAAAGCAAAAUAUCAUUUAGACAUCUCCAAUUCGUCCUUUUUAACAUAUAUUUUAAAGUGAAAAAAUCAAAAGAGCAAGAUUAUAACCAGAAACUUAUAAUUUGGAAUCAAGAUUAAAUUAAUAAUAAUUAAAGGCUCAAAGUCCAAAUAUUCAUACUACUCUCUCUUAAAAUGCAUGA